UUACCGGGGGCUGGUUCGUCCUCGGCUGCAUUAAAGUAGGAGCUGCCGCAGCUGCAUACACAUCAAAAGCUCUCCUUCUCCUCCUCACUGCAGCUCCCACCGACGGCACGUCCACUGGAUGGUGGAGCCAUUUCUUCUUUUAACACACGGCAUCUACAUAACGGGACAUUAAGCGGACAUAGUGCGAAUUUCACCCGUCCACGUCGAGUCUUGUCGAGAUGCUGCACUGAGGAGAAAACAGCACAGGGUCCCCGGUUGUGUUCAUCCUGAGGCUGCAGUGAACGGAGGGGGGAUUGCGGUACAGCAAGGUUAAUAAUCAUCGUCGAUAAAGGUCUUUUCUGUGAGCGGGAAUCGACUUGAAAGGGUGAAACUUGCCCCUGUGCGGGGGGAUCGGCGGAGAAAUACAGUUAUAUUAAAAAUUAUGGCCACCCUACUGCGGAAGAUCGGUCUGAUUCGCCUGCACGAUCGAGACACCGAGGACCCAAAGCACCAUCAGGGCUCGUUAAAGGGAACCAAAGGGAACCAGAAAAACAACACCAACAAACACUGUCAGACCGCCAACGAAACCAACAUCCUGAGCACCCCGGAGAUUAAGGCGAGGAAGCUGGACCAGCUGGGAAAGGACAAGCCGUCCGGCAAGGAUAAGCAGGGCAAGGAUGCAAAAGAGAAGCAGCAGACGGGAGGAGGCGGGAGUAAAGCGACCAGUGCCUCCUCCAUACCACCGCUGGCGCCUCACCGGCAACAUUGCACCCAAGUCCGGACGCGGAGGCUGAUGAAGGAGCUACAGGAGAUCAGGAGGUUAGGGGACAACUUCAUCACGGUGGAGCUGGUGGAGGACAACCUGUAUGACUGGAACGUCAAGCUGCACCAGGUGGACAAGGACUCGGCGCUGUGGCAGGACAUGAAGGAGACCAGCACCGAGUUCAUACUGCUCAACGUCACCUUUCCCGAUAAUUUCCCCUUCUCGCCGCCGUUCAUGCGGGUCCUGACGCCACGGUUGGAGAACGGCUACGUGCUUGACGGCGGGGCCAUAUGCAUGGAGCUGUUGACCCCCCGCGGAUGGUCCAGCGCCUACACGGUGGAGGCGGUCAUGAGGCAGUUUGCAGCCAGCCUCGUAAAAGGACAGGGGCGUAUAUGUCGGAAAUCAGGGAAGUCCAAGAAAGCUUUCAGUCGUAAGGAAGCCGAGGCUACCUUCAAGUCCCUGGUGAAGACCCACGAGAAGUAUGGCUGGGUGUCCCCGCCCGUGUCCGACGGCUGAGUGUCCGGCCGCCGAGCCUCCCACCCUCCGCGCUAGCCGGACAAAUCCCAGCUAGCCCCAACACGCAAAACGACACACCACGCUAACUCAAUCUCUCACCUUCACCUGAUUCACUCAAGUUUUUUUUUUUUUCAGUUUUGUGUAAUAAUGUCUUCAGAUUUUUUUGUCCGCAUUUCCACCAAAACUUUCUGAGAGCAGACACGCCGCCAUCAUUGUCACUCCUCCAACAAGCGACUUUUGUUCCCCUCCCUCUCACCCAGGGAGGUUCUUUCCCCCAUCUUGGAAAGACCUGAGAGGGAGGUGUGUGUGUGUGUGUGUGUGUGUAUGUGUUUGUCACGCUGUUGGACAUCACCUGUGAGUGUGUGCACAUGCAUCGGAGUGUGCAUUGCUGUCGGUGGAUUUUUUUUUUCUUAAUGCACACCCGUGCAUGUGCAGUCGGAUAAAUCGGACAGUGUGGACUUUACCACCCACGUGAAAGACUACUGAAUGAAGGAGACUCAUCCCCCUCUCCUGUCCUCACCAUCCCUUCCUCUCCUCCCUCUCUUCCCUCUCCUCCCUCACUCCCUUAUUCUUCUACAGCACUGAACUGGCGUCACUUCCCACCGUCUCUCUCUGUAGCUGUCGGGUCAUUUACAUAUAAAUGAAGCUGUUAAUGUUUAAUAGACGGGCAGCGCACUGGCGUUUAUACUCAUUCCCUCCUCCAUUUCCCCUUUCUUUUUCGACUGUGCCGUUGCUCACAGUUCAAUGCAACAUGAAGAUUGUAAUUUACAUGGAGCUGUGCUCUCUCUCUCUCUCUUUCUCUAUCGCUAUCUCGUUCUUUAUCUCGUUGGUUCACUUUGUUUCUCUUUCUUUCUCUCCGUCUCUUGUGGCUAAAUUUAGAGCUCACUGUUGCGUAGGUGGAUAUUGAUUUCUAAUGGAGAGAUAAAAAUUUACAUGUUGCUUUAUGCAGACUACGUGUGAUAAAUAGAAUGACAGUCAAUCACCUCUAUUUCUCUCUCUCUCUACUCUGUUUGUGUGUGUGUGUGUGUGUGUGAGUGUGUGUGCGUUUAGGAGAGAAGUCUAUAAUUCCCAUGAUUUAGAUACCAGAUGGUACAGCUGAAGGCCAGGCCUCAGUACGUGUCAGUGUGUGUGUGUGUUUGCAAGGGAGACGACCCUUUAAACAGAGAAGAAUAUGCUUUACUGUGAAUGACACUAAGGCCUAAAGUGAGUGCUGUGUUUUUUUUUUGUUAAAUUACUGGUCUUGUUCCACUUUCUCUGUCAGCUCUUGAUUAUUAUUAAACGUGCGUAGUUGUGACUGAA